CUACCAUUCCCCAGUAACCAAGCAUUAACAAUGGCAACAAUAUCUGGUGUUAGCCUCUCGAUUCUUCCCAAAGUGCUAUCAUCAGAUUCUCCCAAAGGUCUCAAGUCCCCAUGGGUGAAGAUGCCUACCGCCACUAGUACUAGGAUGAGGUCUGGAAGGAUGUACGUGAGGGCGGCACCUGAGGGUCUGUCCGAAAAGAUAGCCUCCAGCAUCGAGAGUGCAAAGGAGUCAUGUGCAGAAGAUCCGGCCAGCGGAGAAUGCGUGGCAGCGUGGGAUGAGGUGGAAGAAUUGAGCGCGGCGUCUAGCCAUGCUAGGGACAAGGCCAAAGACACGGACCCCUUGGAGACGUAUUGCAAGGACAACCCAGAGACCGAUGAGUGCCGUACCUAUGAGGAUUGAUUGAUCGAUGCAAUUCAUGUAUUUUAAUCCGUCCUCCUCAGAUAUUGUUUAGUAGACUACCUUUUUUAUUGAAUUAUUAUAACUGAACUUGUUGUUGUUAUGUAUGAUACAUGAAACAUGCUAUGAUAUUUGGGUCAUAUAUACCAUACUUGAAUCACCUUCAUCGA